AUGGCCUCAAAGCUUGUACCUCCACGCUGCGAUGGCGUUACCAUCUCUUACCCCGAAGCACAAAUUAUGCUCGUAACUCUUUCCCGGACGAAGCAGAUGAACUCCGUCACACACACCAUGAACUGGCAACUGGAGUCCCUCUUCAACUGGUUUGACCAGGAGCCAUCUUUGCGUGUCGCAGUCAUCACAGGAUCGGGAACAAAGGCCUUUUGUGCCGGCUCAGAUCUUCUAGAGAUCGAAUCUGCACAGGCUGCCAUGCUGGAGAAACCACUGGACAUCACCAGAUCGCAGCCUUUCUUGCAUGACCAUCCAAGAGGGGGCUUUGCUGGUAUGAGCAGGCGAAAGGGCAAGAAGCCAAUCUUGGCGGCUGUGAACGGCGUGGCACUUGGUGGCGGAUUUGAGAUUGUUCUCAAUGCCGACAUGACAAUUGCCUCGCCAAACGCACAAUUCGGUCUUCCAGAAGCACAAGUCGGAGUGUACGCUUAUGGUGGUGGCCUUCCUCGCCUCGUUCGCAGCAUCGGCAUGCCAGCUGCCAGCGACAUUGCUUUGACUGGGAGAAGAGUUUCUGCGAAAGAAGCGUUGCAACUUCGGUUGAUCCACAGCAUUGCUCAAUCACCAGAUACGGUACUCUCGGAGACUUUGGAAAUGGCUAAGAAGAUCAGUGCAAUGUCCCCGGAUGGGAUCAUCAUUACGAGAGCUGCCCUGCGUGAGACUUGGGAGACGGCUAGCAUCGAACAGGCUUUCCGUCUGGUGCACGAAGAGUACUUUGAGAAGCUGAUGAAGGGGCAGAACUCUGCGGAAGGUCUCGCCGCUUUUCGAGAGAAGAGAACGCCAAAUUGGAAGUCCUCGAAGUUGUAG